AUGAAGUAUUUGUUAGUGUUGGGCCUUUUGGCGUCAGCGGCAUUUGCCGAAGAAAAGAAAGUUGAGGAAAAGACGUCAGCCGCCGAGGAACCAUCCUCCAAGAAGAACGAAAAGCGUGGUAUCCUGGGCUUGGGAUACGGGUACGGUUACGACGUAGGUGGCUACGAAAUCGGUGCCGGACACGGACACGAUCACGGACACGGACACGGACACGAAGGGUUCCACCACCUGAACCACUUCGAUUUCGACCACUUUGACGGAUACGGUGGUGGAUAUCACGGUGAACAUCAUGUUAAGCACGUCACAGUGGUGAAAAACGUUCCGGUUCCGUACCCGGUGGAGAAACACAUUCCAUACCCAGUGGAGAAGCACGUCCCUUACCCAGUUAAGGUUCCGGUUCCGCAGCCCUACCCAGUUGAGAAACACGUCCCUUACCCGGUCAAGGUGUACGUCAAGGUUCCAGUUCACGUGCCCCAGCCCUACCCGGUUGAAAAGAAGAUCCAUGUUCCGGUGCACGUUCCAGUAGACAGACCUUACCCCGUCAAGGUCCUCGUUCCUCAACCUUACCCAGUAGAGAAACACAUCCCCUACCCAGUAAAGGUUCCAGUUCCCCAACCCUACCCAGUUGAGAAGAAGAUCCAUGUUCCAGUGCAUGUUCCAGUUCACGUUCCCCAACCUUACCCAGUUGAGAAGAUCGUCCACGUUCCUUACAAGGUCCACGUUGACAGACCCUACCCAGUUCCAGUUCCCAAACCUUACCCAGUCCACGUUGAAAAGAAGGUCCCCUACCCCGUUGACAGGCCAGUUCCUUACCCAGUUAAGGUUCCAGUCGACAGACCAGUCCCUUACCCGGUAGAGAAACACGUUCCUUACCCAGUUAAGGUCCAUGUUCCAGCGCCCUACCCGGUUGAGAAGCACAUCCCAUACCCCGUUGAGAAACCUGUUCCUUACGCUGUUAAGGUUCCAGUCGACAGGCCCUACCCGGUCCACAUUGAGAAGCACGUUCCAGUUCCAGUGGAGAAGCCUGUUCCUUACCCCGUUAAAGUUCCAUACCCCGUUCCGGUUCAUCAUCACGAACAUCAUGAUCAUCAUGAACACCACCAGUUCCCGGAACAUCAUGGGUAUGAACAUUAUGAACACCACGGGGGAUUCGAACAUGAUUAUCACCACUAG